AAUAUAAAAUAACUAAUAAUUUAGUUUUACAAUAUUCGUGUGUAUGUACUAUUCAUGGCCAAAAUCCCACGGGCAUUGCAAGCUCACCGACCCAGCCAUCAUUAGCUUGACCCAGCAAUCAUAGCUUGACCAGCGAUCAUAGCUCUCUCUCUCUGUUUCUCAGCUGCCAAACGGGAUUUGUAACAAAUUCAGCUGUCUGGUGCUUUGAAAUUUUGCUCUAUCAGAAUUUGAAUUGGAAUUGGGGCUUCUCAGCCAAGAAAAAUAAAGGAGGAAGAAGAGAAGGUGAUUUUUUUCGGUUGAAAUUACGCGCGGAAUUGGAAUUGGUAAAAUUAGGGGAAUCCUGUGUGAUUAGUUUGGUUAGCAUUGUAGAAUUCACAUUGGAGUUGAUGCUUGAAUUUUGAAAGUUCUGGUGUAUUCUAGUGAUUUUCGCUGCGGGAUUGUGACUGCAAUUCGGAGUCACCAAAUGUACCGGACUGUGGCUACGGCCACGACUGCAACCCGGGGUGGAUCUCCAACUGAUAGCGGGGAUUGUGUUGUCACUUUGGAUCAAGUUCCACGGUGGAGCAGUUCAGAGUAUCGUGCUUCCUUGGAAUAUGACAAUGAAGAUCCUUCGUUUUCAAAUUCGUAUUUUCCUGAUCCUUUAACUUCCCAAUCUGGGGGAGAGAGCAGUAUCAAUGGGAUGGUCUCAAGAUUUCCAGUUGACCAUGAAAUUAAUUCAAAGACAUAUCUAUGGAGAGGGAACCCAUGGAAUCUCGAAGUUGAUGCAGUAGUGAAUUCUACAAAUGAGAACAUGGAUGAAGCACAUUGUAGUCCUGGUUUGCAUGCUGCGGCUGGACCUGGUCUUGCAGAAGAAUGUGUAGCACUGGGUGGAUGUAGAACAGGGAUGGCAAAGGUCACUAAAGCAUACGACCUUCCAGCUAGGAGAGUUAUCCAUACUGUCGGUCCCAAGUAUGCAGUGAAAUACCAUACUGCUGCAGAAAAUGCUCUGAGCCAUUGUUAUCGUUCUUGCCUUGAACUUCUCAUUGACAGUGGCCUGCAAAGCAUUGCAAUGGGUUGUAUAUAUACAGAAUCUAAGAACUACCCCCGUGAGCCAGCCGCCCAUGUUGCUAUAAGGACUGUGCGACGGUUUCUGGAAAAGCAGAAAGACAAAAUCGCAGCUGUUGUUUUUUGUACUACCACAUCAAUGGAUACAGAGAUAUACAAAAGAUUGCUUCCGCUUUACUUUCCCCGUGAUAAACUCGAAGAGGAGAUUGCCGUGUUGAAGCUUCCUGCAGAUGUAGGUGAUGAAAAUGGCGAGACAAUUAUAGAUGAGCGCAAAAUCAGAAUAAAGCCUUUGCCCAAAAAGAAUAUUCCAAAGCCUCCCCAGGCUCCAGUUGAGCUUCCUGUGAGUGAUGUUGGCUUAGUACGAAGGAACUCAUCAUAUUUGGAUUCGUUUUUGGAUCCUGCCUUCAUGUCCUUAAUAAAAGACCCAGAUCAGAGACGCAAGGAACAAUGGGAGAAAAAUGCUCAAGCACAAAGUGGAUGGAAUUGUGCUAAAAUGCUUGGGUUUGGCGACCUUGGUGGACCUCCAUUGUCUGCUGCAGAAGAAUACUCACUUCAUUCAAGAUACCUUGCUAAAGCAAAUUCUCUUAAUCUUUCAGAAAUUGCAGAAAUGAAAAUUGUUUACCGAGGUGGGGUUGACAGUGAGGGUCGUCCUGUAAUGGUGGUUGUGGGGGCACAUUUUCUUUUGCGAUGUCUUGAUCUAGAACGAUUUGUACACUAUGUUGUUAAGGAGUUUGAACCCUUAAUACAAAAGCCUUAUACUAUUGUAUACUUCCAUUCUGCAGCAUCUUUACAGCUGCAGCCAGACUUGGGGUGGAUGAGAAGGGUACAACAGAUACUUGGUCGUAAACACCAUCGUAAUCUGCAUGCAAUAUACAUCCUUCACCCGACAUUUGGACUGAAGGCUGCAAUAUUUGCCCUGCAACUGUUCGUGGACAAUGUGGUCUGGAAGAAAGUGGUAUAUGUAGAUAGAUUACUGCAGCUCUUUCGAUAUGUUCCUCGUGAGCAGUUGACCAUCCCCGACUUUGUGUUCCAGCACGAUCUGGAAGUGAACGGUGGCAAGGGUCUCAUCGUGGACCCGAGAACAAAGUAUGUGUAUCAUCGACCGUAGCAUUGCGAAUACACGGUUCCAUGAGGCAAUGAAGGAGGUCCAUGGCUUGUGAUUUCUUGAUUCUAUUUUCUUUUCGUACAUCUUAUAGGUAGAUGGGAGUUGAAUUUGCCGUUUACUUGUGUAGAAAAAAGAUAUCCUUUCUUUUCUUGGAAAGUUGUUUUUGAAGCAAAUAUUAUUUGUAACUAAACAUGGAAAUUAAUUAUAAAUAUUCUUUCUUGAA